AUGUUUUCUUUCUUUUUUUUCUUUUUUCUUUCUUUCUUUCUUUGUCUUCUUUUUCGUUACUUCAGUGUCUUCCAUAUUUCUUUUACACUUCCAACCAUUUUUCUUAAUUCUUUUUCUUUAUUUUUAUAUUUCUCUGUGCUUCUUCAAUACUUGGCUUCUUUUUCUUCAUCCUAUUCUUCAUUGAUGUCUCUUCUUCUUCAUCGUCGUCUCCUGCUAAUACUACUGCCUUUUUUGCCUUAUUUUUUUCUUCUUGCCUUUUUUCUAUUUCUUUCUUUUCCUUAUUGUUAUUAUUAUUAUUAUUAUAGUUGUCUUUAUUAUUUUUCUUCUUGCCUUAUUUUUGUUCUUGCUUUCUUUCUAUUAUUUCUUAUUGCCUUUCUUCUUCUUCUUCUUCUUCAACUUUUUUCUUCAUCAACUUAUUUAUUUUUCUUCUUGCCUUAUCUUUUCUUCUUUAUUGACUGCCUUAUUUUUUUUACCCUAUUUUUUCUUCUUGCCUUAUUUUUCUUCUUCUUGCCUUAUGUCUUCUCUCUUGUUUUCCUGCCGUAUUUCUCGUCCUUGCAUUAUUUCUCCCUAUUGUCAUAUUCCUCCUUCUUCUUCUUCUUCUUCUUCUUCUUCUUCUUCUUCUUCUUCUUCUAUAUAUUUGUCAUUACCAUUUUCAUCUUUCUUUCUUUCCUUCUUUCUUUCUUUUUUCUUUCUUUCUUUCUUUUUUUCUUUCUUUCUUUCUUUCUUUUUUCUUUCUUUUCUUUCUUUCUUUUUUCUUUCUUUCUUUUUUCUUUCUUUUCUUUCUUGCUUUUUUAUUUCUUUUAUCUCCCUUUCUUCAUUCUUUCCUUUCAUUCUUUCAUUCAUUCAUUCAUUCUUUCUUUCUUUUUUCCUUUCUUUCUUUCUUUCUUUCUUUCUUUCUUAAUUCUCCUCUUGAGAUUUCUUUCUUUCUUCUUCAUUUCUUUCUCUCUUUUUAAUCUUCUUCUUCUUCUUCUUCUUCUUCUUCUUCUUCUUCUUCAUUUUGACAUCUUUCCUCAUUUACGAGCGGCCAGGGACCCGAAAGAUGGCGAUCCACGCCCGGUCGGGAUGAAGCCAGAGGAAACUCUGGUGGAAGUCCGAAGCGCCUCUGACGUGCAAAUCGAUCGUCGGAACCGGGUGAUAGCUGGCGCUCGAUCGUCGCAAUUCCAUCCGGUAAAGCGAACGACUGGAGGCCCCGGGGCCGUUCACGGCCUCGACCUACUCUCGAACUCGGAACGGGUGGAACGGGUCGACUCUCCCGAAUACGGAGCCGUCUCACUUCUCUGCCGCCGUCGUCUCGAAUAUUUGCUGCUACCACCGAGAUCUGCACCCGCGGUCGGCUCCACCCGGGCUCGCGCCCUAGGCUUCCGUGCUCCUACUCGUCGCGGCAUCGGUCAGGCGCGCGCAUCGUUUUCGUCAGCGCAAGCGCUCCUCGACGCGACGGUCCGGCAUCGGUCCGUCGCUCCAGCGCCAUCCAUUUUCGGGGCCGGUCGAUUCGGCAGGUGA